AUGAAGGCUACCAUCGCCCUUUUCGUCUCGUCCCUCUUCUCCGCCGCGUUCGCGCAAGCGGCGGAGGCCGGGGCCGACACCUUUACCAACCCGGUCGUCCCCGGCGCGCCGAUCCUGCGCUCGCACGACCUGGCCAACUGGGAAUUCGUCGGCCACUCUGUGCCCACCCUCGACUUUGGCGAGCGGUACAACCUGACCAACGGCAUCGCCUACCGCGGCGGCACGUGGGCGUCCACCAUGCGGUACCGCGAGAGCACGGGCUUGUGGUACUGGAUCGGGUGCGUCGACUUCUGGUACACCUACACCUACACGGCGCCCGAUCCCGCGGGACCCUGGACCCGGACUUCCAUGUCCGAGGGCGGCCGGUGCUAUUACGACUGCGGCCUCUUCAUCGACGACGACGACACCAUGUACGUCGUGUACGGCGCCACCGACGUGAAGAUGGCUCAGCUCUCGCCCGACGGCCUCACGCAGGUCCGCUCGGAAACCAUCUUUAGCGCUUCGGAUGCCGGGGUCGACGGUAUUGAGGGCAACCGCCUCUACAAGAAGGAUGGCUUCUACUACAUCCUCAACGAUCAUCCCGGGUCCACCACCUUCAUUUGGAAGUCCGAGAGUCCCUGGGGGCCCUGGGAGAGCAAAGAGCUGGUCAAUAGCAUCGCGUCGCCCGUGCAAUGGGGCGGCUCCCCGCACCAAGGUAGUCUCAUCGAGACCCCCGAGGGCAAGUGGUACUACAUGUCCUUUACCUGGGCCUACCCCGCCGGCCGCAUGCCCGUGCUCGCACCCAUCACCUGGGGCUGCGACGGCUUCCCCAAGCUCGUCACCGACGAGAACGGGGCUGGGGGACCCCUCAAGCCCGAGUGGGAGUGGAACCACAACGCCGACGAAACCAAGUACGAGGUGCGCGAGGGCCUCACGCUCCGCACGGCCACCGUCACCGACGACCUGUACAAGGCGCGCAACACCCUGACCCACCGCAUCCACGGCGAGUUCCCCGUCGGCACCCUCCGCGUCGACUUCUCCGGCAUGGCCGACGGCGACGUCUUUGGCCUCGCCGCCUUCCGCGACCGCAGCGCCGCCAUCGAAAUCGCCCGCGUCGGCGACAACUUUACCCUCCGCGCGCGCCACAACGUGACGCAGGAGGAGAGCGCCUGGGAGACGGUCGACCCGGGCACCGUCGUCGCGUCCGAGGCCGGGCUCGACGUCUCCGAGAUUUGGCUGCGCGUGUCCCUCGACGCGCGGCCGAGCGGGUCCAAGCAGGCCGAGUUCUUCUACAGUCUUGAUGGCGACGAGUUUGUGGCCCUUGGCGGCGCGUACGAGCUCUGGACGAACUGGGCGUACUUUAUGGGCUACCGGUACGGCAUCUUUAACUAUGCGACCAAGGCGCUGGGCGGGUCGAUCAAGGUGUUGUCCUUUACCUACGAGUAA